CAAUGGCGACUAGCAACUGGGAGAAGUUUGUGCUUCUCCUGUGGAAGAAUUGGAUUCUUCAGAAGCGACACUAUGUACAAACGCUGUUCGAAAUACUGAUACCGGUGCUGUGCUGCUCAAUUCUGCUACUCGUACGUGGACUAGUCGAUCCAGAAUAUGUAGAUAGCAAUUCGGUAUUUAAACCACUGGAAACCGAUCGGCUAACGCACCUGAAGGGACUGGCGGAGAAAAAGGAGUUCGAGUUUAAGUUAGCCUACUCGCCCCAGAACGUUGUGCUCGACCAGAUCGUCCAGGAGGCUGUGCGUUCUUUGAACGCGAAUGAUCCCGAGGCACGGCUUACCUACGUCGCGUUUGCUGAUGCACGAGAGAUGGAAGGUGUGCUGGUGGAGUCGACCUUUUUGGCUGGCGUAGAGUUUGCCGACAGUUGGACCGAUAUGACGGCCGGGGACAGCAUGCCAGAUAAUCUAACGUUCGCUGUCCGGUUUCCGGCUGAGCUGCGCGAUGAUGAGUUCCAGUUUUCGAACUGGGUAACAAACUUACUGGCGGUACCGUUCUCGCCCCGACUGCGCAAUCCGAUGCUGGACGAUGGUGGCUCCCCGAGCUACUACGGUGAAGGAUUCCUUGGGAUACAGGGUGCAAUCUCGAGAGCGCUGCUAGCACGGCGCAUACCCGGCGUCGAGCUGCCACCGGUACACGUGCAGCGAUACCCGUACCCACCGUACUACGAUGAUGCGAUCCUGGAAGCGUUGCAACAGCUGCUGGCACUUAUCAUCGUCAUUUCGUUCUUCUACACCUGCAUCAACACGGUCAAGUACAUUACGAUCGAGAAGGAGAAGCAGCUGAAGGAAGCGAUGAAGAUUAUGGGACUCUCGAACUGGUUGCACUGGUCGGCAUGGUUCGUGAAGUGUCUCAUCCUGCUGACGGUUUCACUGUCACUCAUCACGAUUUUGCUCUGUGUCCCGUUCAGUUCCGCGGCCAUCUUUGAAAACUCCGACUGGACGUUGGUUUGGUUCUUCUUUUUCAUAUACAGCAUCAGCACGAUCUGUUUCUGCUUCAUGAUAAGUGUGUUCUUUAGCAAGGCCAACACAGCGGCCGGUAUUGCCGGGUUACUAUGGUUCGUCACACAGCUUCCGUUCAACAUCACCCAACAGAAUUACGACGAGAUGGGUACGGGUGCAAAGUUAGGCAUGUGUUUGCUAUCCAAUUCGGGCAUGUCAUUGGCAAUGUUUCUGACCGUGCGGCUUGAGGCAACAGCGGCUGGAUUGCGGUGGUCAAAUCUCUUCGAGCCGGCCACCAUUGACGAUGGGUUCAACGUGGGGCUGGUGAUCAUUAUGCUGCUAGUGGACGCCGUGAUCUAUCUCAUGAUUGCGCUCUACAUCGAACAGAUCAUGCCGGGAGAGUUUGGUGUGGCACGACCGUGGUACUUCCCCUUCACGAAGGAGUUCUGGAUACGCAAACGAACCCCCUCACGGGACACGUUGUUUAAUGGUGAACUGCAGAGUGCUACUACCGAGUCCCGAUACAUCGAGCAGGAUCCAGCUGGGUAUGCCGGAGUGGAAAUCAAACAACUGCGCAAGGUGUACAAAGGCAACAAAGCGGCCGUGGAUGGGUUGAAUCUGCGAAUGUACGAGAAUCAGAUAUCUGUACUGCUUGGACAUAACGGCGCAGGUAAAACAACGACCAUGUCCAUGCUGACCGGCGUGUUUUCGCCCACUUCCGGUACGGCUCUUAUCAACGGGCACGAUAUUCGCACCGACAUUGAUGGUGUCCGUUCGUCGCUGGGACUUUGCCCGCAGCACAACGUGCUGUUCGACGAGAUGACGGUCGAUGAGCAUUUGAAGUUUUUCUCCCGACUUAAGGGUGUUCCGGCGCAGGCCGUAAGUGAGGAAAUCGAUCGGUACUUGCAAUUGCUCGAGCUGGUGGAUAAGCGCAAUGCCCAGUCCCAAACACUGUCCGGUGGUAUGAAGCGAAAGCUUGCCGUCGGUAUGGCACUGUGCGGUGGUUCGAAGGUGGUACUGCUGGAUGAGCCCACGUCUGGUAUGGAUCCGUCGGCACGGCGUGCACUGUGGAAUCUGUUGCAGAAGGAAAAGCAAAAUCGCACGAUGCUUCUGUCGACGCACUUCAUGGACGAGGCGGAUGUGCUGGGCGAUCGGAUAGCGAUCAUGGCGGAAGGUAAGCUGAAAGCGGUCGGAUCGCCCUUCUUCCUGAAGAAAACGUUUGGCGUUGGAUAUCGGUUGAUCUGCGUGAAGGACGGACGUUGCGAUAAGCAAAGGCUGCUGGGUAUACUGCGAAAAUACAUUCCGGACGUGAAAAUCGAUACGGACAUUGGUUCGGAGCUAUCGUUCGUGUUGAAGGAGGACUAUAUUGAUGUGUUUCAGCGACUGCUGGAAGACAUCGAGCAGCAGAUGACUAGCUGCGGUAUUACGAGCUACGGCAUCUCGCUCACAACGAUGGAGGAAGUGUUUUUGAAAGCGGGUAGUGAUAGCUUUGACGAAACAGGAGCCCUCAUAAACGGUACCGUUGUAGAGACAGGCAGUUCAGAGUAUGCAUUAGAUCGACUCCAUCUGCUGACCGGUAAGGAGCUCCUGUUCAAUCAAAUACAAGCACAGCUGCUCAAGAAGUUCCUAUCGACCAUACGAGCCUGGGUGACGCUGGUCAUGAUGUUUGUGAUUCCGAUAUUGUUCGUCUGCAUGACGUUUAUCAUUACGAGAAGCAUUUCGACGAGCAAGGAUCUACCUGCUUUGGACAUUACGAUGGAUGGCUAUGAGAAAGCCAUCACUGUACUUGAGAGUACCAACGGCGAUCCGAUAAGAGUGGAAGCCUUCCAAAACAUGUUCGCGGAACGUGAACUUGCCACCAUCAUGGAGGACAUGACAGAGUACAUAGUGCGUAAGUCCGAAGAGGACAUUGCCACGGUCAAUACGCGAUACUUCGUGGGUGCUACCAUUGGCAGCGGUUCAUCGUACGUGGGUUGGUUCAACAACAAAGCUUACCACACGGCACCGCUAGCCCUGAAUUUAGUGUACAACGCGAUCCUGCAGGCCCAAUGUGCCGACUGCCGGUUGCAUGUGGUAAACAAACCGCUUCCGUAUCGGUUGGACACGCAACUGAAGAAGCUGAACACGGGGCUGAACGCCGGCUUUCAGCUGGCGUUUAACACGGGCUUUGCGAUGGCAUUCGUGUCCGCUUUGUACAUCAUGUUCUACAUCAAGGAGCGCACGUCGCGUGCGAAGCUGCUCCAGUUCGUCAGCGGCACCAAUGUGACCCUGUUUUGGCUGCUAGCUUUCGUAUGGGACUACACCCUGUUCGUGCUGAACAGCUUGGUUUACAUUGCCGCUGUCGCCAUCUUUCAGGAGGAAGGCUGGUCGACGUUUGAAGAGCUGGGACGAGCGUUCCUGCUGCUGCUGUUCUUCGGAUUCGCUACUAUUCCGUUGACAUAUCUGUUCUCCUUCCUGUUCAGCGUGUCAGCCACCGGGUUCGUACGCAUGAUGUUCCUGAACGUGCUGUCGGGAGCGAUAUUUUUCACCGCAGUCAACGUACUGAAGUUUGACGGCAUUGAUCUGAACGAUGUAGCCGAAGGGCUCGAGUGGGUGUUUAUGUUCUUCCCAAACUUUGUGCUCAGUCAUGGACUGAACAAUCUCAAUGGUGCUGCCAACACCGAAAGCUUCUGUAGGAGGGCAUGCGAUCUGGUCGGACCAUCAUGCGUCGUGAGUGAUUUGUGUGCCGUUCAAGCCCGUUGUUGUGACCUGGAGGUGUUCUCUUUCGGCAAGGUUGGCAUCAUACGCAAUCUACUGUUUUGUUUGCUGAUCGGGUGUGUGUGCUUUUCGUUGCUGUUCAUGCUGGAGUACGGUGUAUUGCAACGAUGGUUCCGCCGAAAGUCCAAAGUCAACCCGUCGUUAACACAGGGCCCCAUGAGCUCGGAGGUGGAUUCGGACGUGCUGGAAGAAAAGCUCCGCAUUCAGAAACUUAGCCAAAAGGACAUCGAUGGACACAACUUGUUGUUGCGUGAUGUAACAAAGUACUACGGCAAUUUCCAAGCCGUAAACAAUCUCUCGAUCGGCAUCGAUUCUUCCGAGUGCUUUGGACUGCUCGGCAUCAACGGUGCCGGCAAGACAACCACCUUCAAGAUGAUGACUGGCGAUGAAGAAAUUUCAUCCGGCGACGCGUGGGUAAAAGGUAUCAGCUUGCGUGCGGAUAUGAAUCGGGCACAUCGUCAGAUCGGUUACUGUCCACAGUUUGAUGCACUGUUGGAGGAUCUGACAGGCCGGGAAACGUUGCGCAUCUUUGCCCUGCUUCGAGGCGUACGACAGCAGGAGGUGAAAAAUGUGUCGUACAUCCUGUCGGAAGAGUUGAACUUUGCAAAACAUCUAGACAAGCGCACGAAAGCGUACAGUGGAGGUAAUAAGCGAAAGCUCAGCACUGCUUUGGCGCUGCUCGGCAACCCGUCGGUAGUGUAUCUGGACGAACCGACCACGGGCAUGGAUCCGGGAGCGAAGCGCCAGUUCUGGGAUGUCAUUUGUAAGGUGCGUAAUACGGGCAAGUCGAUCGUGCUGACAUCGCACAGCAUGGAAGAGUGUGAGGCCCUGUGCACCCGGCUUGCCAUCAUGGUGAAUGGAGAGUUCAAGUGUCUCGGAUCGACGCAACAUCUGAAGAACAAAUUCUCCAAAGGAUUUCUGCUUACGGUAAAGGUAGCUCGGGGAUCAUCCGACGCUCAGCAAAAGCGUGUCGCCGGUGUGAAGGACUUUGUUAUGAAUCGUUUCACUGGAGCCGUGUUAAAGGAAGAAUACGAAGAUUCACUCACGUUCCACAUACCGGUGACUGAUCUAAAAUGGUCGCAGAUGUUCGGUCUGAUGGAAAGCUCGAAAGAGGCACUGGAAAUAGAGGAUUAUGCCCUCGGACAAACAUCGCUCGAGCAGGUGUUCCUGUUUUUCACCAAAUAUCAACGAGUUACGGAGUAA